AUGGACACACGACGUGGGCGAGGUCGUGGUAGACCGCCAGCACGAGGUAGAGGACACCUUGUCCCUACUUCGGAGGUUCAGGCUACAGGUGCGGGAGAGCAGAGACAGCCAGGGCCACCAGAUAUGCAGGAGACAUUAGCUGGUAUUUUACGAGCUAUAGAUGUACUGGCAGCAUCUCAGUUGCGACAGGAGCGCAGACAUGAUGAUAGGACCGCUACGGCCCAGGCGUCGCAUUCAGGUACGUCGGGAGCAGGGGACGGUUCAGGUGCUACAGUGCUUAGAGAUUUUAUGGCCUUGCGACCACCAGAGUUUAGUGGAGGCGCUGAUGCGACGGUGGCUGAGGAUUGGUUACUAGCGGUGGAAAAGCAUUUGAGAUCCAUAGACUGUGCAGAGGCCAACAGAGUUCGGCUGGGGACUUUCUUGUUACGAGGUGACGCCGAGCGGUGGUGGGAGACCACCAGACAGAGAUAUGGCGAUGGAGGUCCGUCAUGGGCACAGUUCGUCGAGGCGUUCAAUGAGACCUAUGUACCGGCUUGGAUCAGAGAGCAGAAGGUGUUUGAGUUUAUUGAGUUACAGCAGGGCAGUAAGACAGUUACACACAAGUUUCAGAGGGGGUUACGACCAGAGAUCCGUCAUGCCAUGGCUGGUAUUGAGGCCCCUGACUUCCCUACGACUGUUCAGCGAGCCCACGCGGUGGAGAGGGAUCGAUUGGAGGCCCGAGCAGAGCAGUUAGUCUUGAAGGGUGCAGGGAGCAGCAGUAAGAAGAGGAAGUGGGAUACAGGCAGCCAGAGUUCGGGGUUUCCACAAUGCCGACAGUGCGGGCAGAGACACCAGGGGCAGUGUCGGGAGGUACGUCGGGAUGUAUGUUAUCGCUGUGGUCAGCCAGGGCAUUUGAAGAGAGACUGUCCACAGGCGCCUAGACCGACUACAUCUGCCCCACCAGCUACACCGGCCACAGGGCAGGAGAUUAUUUGUUUUCGCUAUGGACAGAGGGGCCACCGAGCGAACAGGUGCACCCAGCCAGCACAGAGUGGAGGGCCACGGACUGGAGGUGUGGGGCCCAGACCAGUUCAGAGACAGUCUGCACCUAGGACGCAGGGUGCAGGAGCACCAUUACCUCUUCCAGCAGCACAGCGCCCAGGAACUACAGAGAGAGUUCAGAUACAGGGAUAA